GAAACCAACAUGGCGGCGCCCUGUGUGUUCCAGUGAGCGGUGCAGCUGCAUGUAACUGAGAGGAGCAGAGCGAUGGCAGAUGUUAGUGACAGCCCACUGGCUGUGACUCCCCCCUCAAAGGAAGAGACACCUGAUGUCCCCCCCCAGGACCUCAGCACUGAUGGUGUAAAGUCUGACGUCAAAGCUGGGGAAGAUGAGAGCGAGGGAACAGCCGACCCGAGCGCGUACCGCUACAUCAAAGAGGAGCUUUUCACGUCCGAGAUCUACAAAGUGGAGAUCAGGAACCUGCCCAAGUUCGUCGGCUUCAACGACCUGAAGAAGUUCCUGGCCCGGCACGGCCUCAACCCGCACAAGAUCAAGCUGUUUGGCAAGAACCCGUUCGCCUUCGUCACCUUCAUGAACGAGGAGGAGCGGGACAAGGCCAUGAAGAUGGUGCACGGCAUGCAGUGGAAGGGCCAAGUGCUGAGCGUCCGGCUGGCCAAACCCAAAGCUGACCCCAUCCUGAAGAGGAGGCAGGAGGAGGAGGAGGCGGGAGGGCAGCCUCCAGCCAAGCGGGCAGAGGGCGACCAGGAGGAGGAGCCGCUCAGCGUCCAGAUAGCCAAUGUGGUGACUCCUCUGUGGAAUGUGCCUUAUGAGGAGCAGCUGAGGAGGAAGGAGCAGGAGGUGGUGGGGGUUCUGCAGAGGCUGGCAAAAGAGAUCGGAAGCACCAACAAAGCCAUGCUGCCGUGGCUCUUUGCACAGAAAGGGAAAUACAACAAAAUGUGUUGUCCCCUGGGGGCUAUUCAACCAUCUCCUACACAGACCGGCUACAGAAACAAGUGUGAGUUCCUCAUCUCAGCCGGGGCAGACGGUGAAGACAAGACCAUCGGUUUCCGUCUGGGGAAAUACAAAGGCGGCUCGUGUGCUGUGGUGGGGCCGGCAGAGACCUGUCAUGUCUCAGACGAGGCCAAGAGAGUGGUCUGCGAGUUUCAAAAGUUUAUUAGGACGACACUGUACUCUGUCUACAGCCCUGAGACGUAUGAAGGACACUGGAAGCAGCUGACUGUACGAACGACGAGGACCAAACAAGCCAUGGCUGUAGUGUUCUUCCACCCACAGAAAAUUGAGGAAGAGGAGCUCAACGCUCUGAAGAGCUCCAUGAAGGAGCACUUCACAGAGGGAGAGGGGAAAGCCAGCGGCGUCACCUCUCUUUUCUUCGUUAGAGAGGGUCAAAGGAAAUCCCCUAACCCCGAGGACCUGCCCUGUGAGCUGGUAGCUGGAGAGAGCUGCAUCAACGAAGAGCUGCUGGGUCUAAGCUUCAGAAUAUCCCCUCACUCCUUCUUCCAGGUGAACACAGGAGCUGCAGAGGUGCUGUACUCGACGGUGGGGGAGUGGGCCCAGCUGGACCAGGACAGCACAGUACUGGACGUGUGCUGCGGCACGGGAACCAUUGGCAUCUCUCUGGCGAAGAGGGUAAAGAAGGUGAUUGGGAUCGAGAUGUGCCAGGCAGCAGUGGAGGAUGCCAAAGUUAAUGCCAAGCUCAAUGGACUAAGCAAUGUUGAGUUUCACUGUGGUAAAGCUGAGGACGUGCUCCCCAACAUUCUCAACGCUCUCGUCUCACCCAGUGUCACGGCCAUCGUGGAUCCACCGAGGGCAGGACUACAUUCCAAGGUGAUUCUUGCCAUCCGUAGAGCACAGCACCUGAAGAGGCUGGUUUACGUGGCGUGCAAUGCAAAGGCGGCCAUGACCAACUUCAUCGAUCUGUGCAGAGCACCGUCCAACAGAGUUCAUGGAGCUCCGUUCCGUCCGGUGCGAGCCAUGGCCGUGGACCUGUUCCCUCAGACCAUGCACAUGGAGAUGAUUCUGCUGCUGGAGAGAGUGGACUACGAAUCCCAGAAGCAGCAGAGCAGCAGCAGCAGCAACCAGGAACCAACUGCUUCGUAGUCUUACAGGCAGUCCAUAUUAGAAAUGUAUGCACGCACUCAGCUCUUAAAAUCCUUCAAAAUUGAUGCUAACAUCAUUUUGUUUAAACACCUGUAUGACCUUAUUCUUUAAGAGGCAAUGUAUCCAAACAAUAUCAUUUAACUCACCAAUGUCUCAUACAGCAAAGUUGACUUAUGUUACAAUAAGGAAUUGUCUAGUGAUUCAAAUAAACAGUUUUCUUAAAGUAUGUAUUGGACUGUAUUUGCUUUACUGAGCUUCAUGCUUUUCAGUUUGAGAAUUUAUGUCUAUUGUUGGCUGUCUUAAUAUGAUCGAUUUUGAGAAUUAAGUCAUGAUUUUAUGUGUAAUUCAAGAGGUGAAAUAUCGAUCCCAGUCGCCUGUGUUAAAAUUAGUAUUGUGGUGCAUCUUGUUAAGUAAUACCCUAAGUUUCACAAAUAAAGAAGCACUUUUAUCAUAUCAGAACAUUAUAAGUAUUUGAAAAGAUUGAGCAAGAAAUUGUCUAUUCUGAAAGAACCACAAAUUGUCUCUUGUGGAGGAGCAAAGGUUUGGGAAUGGGUGACAUUCAAAGGGGUUUCAUAGAGCAUGUGUUCUUCUUGCUGCUUAUUCCUACAUGAUUCCUCUUUAUUUUCAUAACGGGAUUAAAUUGUGUCUUUUAUAAUUUGUACUUAAUUCUUGAAUUUUAAGACCAUUAAGUUUGUUUUUAAAUCAUUUGAUUUCAAAAUUUGUUCAACUGUUAUCCAGGACUAUACAGCACAAGCGGAUACUGUGGAAUAAACAGCUUUUUCCUUU